AUGCCACAAAAAGGAGACAGUAUACUGACGAAUGAAAAUGUUGAAGACGAUAUUGCAGAGACAGUUGGUGAACACAUUAAUGUUGUUCAGGGUAAAGCCAACACAGACAUGUUAUCUACCAAUUCAGACCUGUAUAAUAAUAAUUCUAGUGGUGAAAUAUCCCAUUUGGCUAAUUCAGGUUCAACAUCUUUAUCCUUGAAUUUGGCACAGAUUGAAUAUGUACCAGAAAAUACAAUAGAAAAUUCAUCAGUUAGGACAAUUGCAGAAAUGACUGAGCCAGGAUUACAGGGAAAUGAAAUUAACGUUCAGGGUAUAAAUACUAUUUUGGAUGCCAAAGAUAGUGGAGUAAUGUACUUUAGCCAUGAUGGAACCCUGGUAUUUGAUCAUCCAGGACUUUCAUCAGAUAAUUCUGAAAACAUGCCGAUAAUUUUAGAUCCAAACACAGGCACCAUAACCUCAGAUGCCACACUAAGUUCAAACUACCUUGUUGUGGUUGAGAACAUAGAUGGUUCUCAGGUACUUUCCACUACCAUGCAAGGAAAUCUUGUGUUAAGUCCUGGAAAUGAUAUUUCAGUGUCCAGCAUUUCCCCACAAAGCCACAUAUCUUUUAGCACUGGAGGAAACCAUGAUAGAGGCAAACUUCGACAUGUAUCAGAUUUUCCACAGACUUCAUCUAUCGCCAUGGUGCUUGAUAAUGCUACUUCUGCUUCUCACUUAAACUCUAAAGGACUUGUGGUGGAACCAAACUCUUUCAUUGCCUAUGCUGAUCACACAUACUUGGCCACUGAUCAGCUUACUUUCCAUACAGUGCAACCAGUUAAUGAUACAACAGAAUCAACAGCUCUGUUGUAUGAACAGGGUGACGACUCCUUCAUUGACAUUUCUGGCCUGAAUGUAGUAGUAGCAGAAAAGCCAUCCAACACUUCUUUAAAUCAUGCACAAACAUUUCAGGCAGCUAUAUUCAGUUCUCAAGCUACUGAGCCUGUAUCUAAUGAGAAGGAACAUUUACCAUUAAUUGCUUGUACCAGACAAAGUGUCCUCCAUUUAGGACAGGAGAAAUUAGGUGUUUCAGUUUCUCCAUCUGACAACCAGACAGUUUUAAAAAGCAACACUUGGAGUCAGACUAGUGAUCAAAGUGAACUUGACCAGGUUAAGAAAGAUAGACUGAAACAAGAGCUUCACGUUUUGGAACAGUGUCAUUUAGAACACCAUUUAAAACAGGUUCAGAAGAAACAGUCUGAGAAGAUUCAUUUUCAGGAUGAAAUUGAAGAGAGUGAGAUUAGGAAAACAAUAGAUGAACAUGUUGAUUUGUCUUUGGAUAGAGAGAUUUUACAGACACCAGAGGCAGAUGUUGAUGAUGACACUCCGAUUUUCACCAGUAUCACAGCCACAUUGAACUCAGCUAUCCUGGCACACAUACCUGGGUGUCAGCAGUUCCUGCUAGACAAGGCACAGAAUUAUGCUUCUUGUUUUGACAUUGAUUUUACUUCAGACAAGGACUGUACUUUUAAUGGAACAUUGAAAUCUCUAAUAACUUUACACAACCUUGUUAAAAAUCUCUUGAAACUGAAGUCAAAGACUUUGCUUGAAUUCAAAUCAGAUCAGUCAGAGGUUGUUUCUUUAGAUAAAUCUGUCAUGUGUGAUCUCUUGAAGCCUUAUAUAUCACUUAGAGGUCGGCAGCCCCGAUGUUCACUCAAAGCUGCAGAGAUGGGGUUUGUUAGUGAUGUAGAUAUGUAUUUGCAGACAGAUGCUGCAGAGGAACCUGUAGAUGUCGAUUAUGAUAAAAAUGUAAGUACAGGAAAAAGUAUUAUUUACCAAAAGAAGCGAAAAAGGGGUCGUCCAAGCAGAGGCAUGAAAAACAAAGCUAGGAAAAUAAAAAUGAAGAGUUCUUUAGAUGACAUAGCUAGUGUUCUGGACUUAAAUGCUAAUGACAGCAAGAACAACAGUCAGGUUAGUCAAAAUGAUGAAGUCGUCAUGGAUGUUAAUGAUGAAGGGCAGACUGAAGUGGAUCAAGAGAGUCAUGCAGAUACUGCAAUUAGGCAGAUUUCUGUGGCAUCAGAUGGUGCAUAUAUGUUGGACCCAUUACAGCAACCUACUAAACAGCAGCGGAACUAUGAAGAACAGGUGUCUUUCAAAUUCUUCUGCCACCAGUGUUCCUUCAAGACAAAAAGACACAGCCAUUUCAUCUCUCACAUGCGCUGCCACAAAGAUGGCACUGAAAAGAAAUACACUUGUAAGCAGUGUGAUUUUGUCACUAUCAGCAUUCCGAUGUUGAAGAGGCAUGAACUAAGACACAGCAAAUCCUUGUUCAAAUGUAGCAUUUGUGCAGCUUAUACAACAGACCGACAAGAACUUCUGCGCAGACAUUUUCGAAUGAAGCAUAGUGUAGAAAAGAAGGAAUCUCUGGAAGGAAAACUUAGCUGUGAUCGAUGUAGAUUCAGUUGUCGUACAUCUGAGGAGCUGGAGAGGCACAAAACUGUGCAUGAUAGACUAAACCAAGUAUCAGAUGAGGAUAACCUCACCUGCCCAGAUUGUAAGAAACCUUUCGGCAGUCGGAUGCACCUGCAGCGACAUGUCCGUGAUGUACAUGGCCCUGAAGUACGACCACAUCUUUGUGAUACUUGUGGGAAAGCUUUCAAAAGAACAGAUUCACUUCAGCAGCACAAAUUAGUUCACAUGUCGCGCACUGCACGCAGUUUUCCUUUCAAAUGCUGUAUAUGUGACAAGGGAUUCAGAUCAGCUGCUCAUUUAAAGGAGCACAUGUCCAUGCACAGUACAGAGAGACCAUUUUUGUGCCAGUAUUGUGGAGCUGCAUUUAAAACACAGCCGGUACAGAAGAAGCAUAUCAUGACAUUACACAUCAGACCUCGGGCCCAUGUCUGCAGCGUCUGCUGCCGGCUGUUCAAUACCAAAAAUGCCUUGCAGAGGCAUGAGAAUACUCAUGCAAAAUCGGAUUCUGUCACAGAGGCUGCUGUCUUAGUUAUUGAAAGAGAGAAUGCUAUGGCAGAUAAAGAGGCAGCAGACGAGAAUGAUUCUACCCAGCCGAGCACAGUAGAUCAGUCUGAAUGUCUUGCAGUCAGUGAAUCAGCUCCGCUCAUUGUGGAGGGAACAAUAUCAGAUUGUUUAGUUCAAGACAUGAUUGCAACAUCUACUUCAGACGAACCAGCAGAACAACCAGGACAGACUCUACAGCAAGCUUACAUUCAAGGGACCCAGGAUGGUACUUUAUAUUACUUUACUGGUGAAUUGCCUACACUGUAA